AGUUUUUUCAGUCUUUACUUAUGCACUCGCGCCGCCUCCUGCAGCAGCAACAACCGUACCGCCGCCCGAUCUCUCUCUUCCUCAGAGAGGGAGUUAUCAGACCUAAAACCCAAAUUUUCUGGCCGUGAACGUCUUCUCAAGCAACCAUGACUGGUAGAUACGGAAACUUUUACCACGCGCAGGAUCAGGAGAUGGAAAUCGAGGCGUUGGAAGCCAUUCUUAUGGAUGACUUUAAAGAAAUCGACCCCAGCGAGAGCGGCGUAAGCACCACAAACCGGUGCUUCCAGAUUACCCUGUCACCGCAAGAGGAUGAUUUGGAUGCAUCAAAUUAUACUCCAGUUCAGUUGGCUUUGAUUUUUUCUCAUACUGAAAAAUACCCAGAUGAACCUCCACUUUUGAAUGUCAAGAGCAUACGUGGAAUAAAAACUGAUGAUCUUAAUAUGCUACAAGAAAAGCUUGGAAGAGAGUUGAGGAACCUGCUUCAACUAAAGAUGAUAUAAUUAUUCCACAUGGGGAACCUGUUACCACUGAAACUUUUCUUGCUUGGAGAGAGCGAUUUGAAGCAGAACUAGCACUAGAGCGAGCCAAACUAAUGCCAGAAUCAGCUUUAACCGCACCGAAGGAUAAAAGGCUGACAGGAAGACAAUGGUUUGAGAGUGGAAGAGCUGCAGCGAAAGGUCCAACUACAGUUUCCGAGGAUUCCGAGGAAGAGGAAGAAAUUGACUUUGAUGAUGACUUUGAAGACGAUGAUGAUGAAAUGCUUGAGCAUUAUUUGGCACAAAAGUCUGAGAAAUCAGCAGAGGGAUCCAAAAACUGAAAGUAAGGCCGAGGCAUUCCAUUUGUUGGGCCUUCGCCUACUCUUUUGAGGGUAAGUGGUGCAACACAGGUCCUAAGUCAUUUUCUCUCUGCAUUCAAUCAUCCUUUUUACAUAGGAUGUGUUUGUGCUGAAAAUUACAGAAUGAUGAGCCCUAAGAAAUAUUACAGAAAGCAUUACCUUUUAGCUUAUUAUUUUUUCGGAUGCAUUGUAGAAGAUGAGAAGAACAGAGAAUCUGAGCAAUACAUUAUAGUAUUUCCUUUUGGCACCAGUAAUACUGUGCAUUCUAUGUUCUUCUUGAUAGCUUGAUUUCAGUCUGUAAAUCAACAGCUUGUUUAUGCUCUUGAAGAGUGCUUGUUCUUCGUUUUUCAAA